GAGUGGGAAAUCCGAGAAGUCCCUAGUGGCCCCGUGACGAAAGCUCAAGCCCCAGCUCCCGUCGGGCCCCGGACCCGCCGCAGACUCCCCGGCCUGCGCCCUCCCUGCCCGCCGGGUCCUCGACUCGUCUCUGCUCCGCGCGCCCCACCCGCGCGCCCUCCCCGUCUUCCUCCUGGGGCUCCGGGCUUGGCCGCGGCGAGGACCCGCCUCCGCCCGCCGCCGGACUCGCGGCGACGGGUCACUUCCCCGAUCGGGCUUCGUUUUCCUCAUCUGUCACGCGGGUGGCGGCCCCGCUGGCUGGGCCCCGAGUCCUGGGCCCCCGGCGCCGCCUCCGCACGCUCCCCGCAGCCGCGCGCCGCCCCCAGGACAAUCCUCGCCUUGUCCGCGGCGCGGGCAUCUCGACUUUUCUGUGGCCUCGGGCUACGCUUUUUCUCCUGGGCGGAGCCCCAGCCCCGCUCCUCCUCGCCGCAGGGCCCCACAGCCCGCCCGGCGCCCCCCUCCCUUCCAGAGACCCCGCUCGGCUCGGGAUCCAGGCGCGCGGCCGCAGCCCGGCCCGGGCCUGGGUGCCGUCCCCGCCCGCUUCCCACCAUGGCCUCCCCGGGACCGGGACUCCGGCUUCUGCUCUUGCUGCUGCUGCCGCUGCCGUCGCCACCUCCUGUGGCCGCGGCCUCCGACCGUCCCCGGGGCAGCGACCCUGUCAACCCCGAGAAGCUGCUGGUGAUCACCGUGGCCACGGCCGAGACGGAGGGGUACCGGCGCUUCCUGCGCACCGCGGAGUUCUUCAACUACACCGUGCGGACCCUGGGCCUUGGAAAGGAGUGGCGAGGGGGGGAUGUGGCCAGAACGGUUGGUGGAGGCCAGAAGGUGAGGUGGCUGAAGAAGGAAAUGGAGAAAUACGCAGACCGCCAGGAUAUGGUCAUCAUGUUUGUGGACAGCUACGAUGUGAUCCUGGCCGGCAGCCCCUCAGAGCUGCUGAAGAAGUUCGUCCAGAGCGGCAGCCGCCUGCUCUUCUCCGCCGAGGGCUUCUGCUGGCCCGAGUGGGGGCUGGCGGAGCAGUACCCUGAGGUGGGCGCGGGGAAACGCUUCCUCAACUCCGGUGGAUUCAUCGGCUUCGCCCCCACCAUCCACCAGAUCGUCCGCCAGUGGAAGUACAAGGAUGACGACGACGACCAACUGUUCUACACCCGCCUCUACCUGGACCCGGGGCUGAGGGAAAAACUCAGCCUCAAUCUGGAUCACAAAUCCCGGAUCUUCCAGAACCUCAACGGGGCUUUAGAUGAGGUGGUUUUAAAGUUUGAUCGGAAUCGUGUGCGUAUCCGGAAUGUGGCCUACGACACGCUCCCCGUUGUGGUCCACGGCAACGGGCCCACCAAGCUCCAGCUGAAUUACCUGGGAAACUACGUCCCCAACGGCUGGACCCCUGAGGGCGGCUGUGGGUUCUGCAACCAGGACCGGAGAACACUCCCGGGGGGGCAGCCUCCCCCCCGGGUGCUCCUGGCCGUGUUCGUGGAACAGCCCACCCCGUUCCUGCCCCGCUUCCUGCAGCGGCUGCUGCUCCUGGACUACCCCCCAGACAGGGUCACCCUUUUUCUGCACAACAACGAGGUAUACCACGAGCCUCAUGUGGCAGACUCGUGGCCGCAGCUCCGGGACCACUUCUCAGCGGUGAAGCUGGUGGGGCCGGAGGAGGCCCUGACCCCCGGCGAGGCCAGAGACAUGGCCAUGGACAGUUGUCGGCAGGACCCCGAGUGCGACUUCUACUUCAGCCUGGACGCCGACACCGUCAUCACCAACAGGCAGACCCUGCGCCUCCUCGUUGAGGACAACAGGAAGGUGGUAGCUCCCAUGCUGUCCCGCCACGGGAAGCUGUGGUCCAACUUCUGGGGGGCCCUGAGCCCCGAUGAGUACUACGCCCGCUCAGAGGACUACGUGGAGCUGGUGCAGCGGAAACGAGUGGGUGUGUGGAACGUGCCCUACAUAUCCCAGGCCUACGUGAUCCGGGGGGAGACCCUGCGGACAGAGCUGCCCCAGCGGGAGGUGUUCUCGGGCAGCGAGGCCGACCCAGACAUGGCAUUCUGCAAGAGUUUCCGGGACAGGGGCAUCUUCCUCCACCUCAGCAAUCAGCAUGAGUUUGGCCGGCUCCUGGCCACCUCUCGCUAUGACAUCGACCACUUGCACCCCGACCUCUGGCAGAUCUUCGACAACCCCCUCGACUGGAGAGAACAGUACAUCCACAAAAACUACAGCCGGGCCCUUGAAGACAAGGGGUUUGUGGAACAGCCGUGCCCAGACGUGUUCUGGUUCCCACUGCUGUCGGAGCAGAUGUGCGAUGAGCUGGUGGAGGAAAUGGAGCACUACGGCCAGUGGUCAGGAGGCCGGCACGAGGACUCCAGGCUGGCUGGGGGCUACGAGAACGUGCCCACCGUGGACAUCCACAUGAAGCAGGUGGGCUACGAGGACCAGUGGCUGCAACUGCUGAGGACAUACGUGGGGCCCAUGACUGAGAGCCUCUUUCCGGGAUACCACACCAAGGCCCGGGCCGUGAUGAACUUGGUGGUCCGCUACCGGCCGGACGAGCAGCCCUCUCUGCGGCCACACCACGACGCCGCCACUUACCCCCUCAAUGUCGCCCUCAACCACAAGGGCCUGGAUUAUGAGGGAGGGGGCUGCCGCUUCCUGCGCUAUGACUGCGUGGUCUCGACCCCGCGGAAGGGCUGGGGGCUCCUGCACCCCGGCCGCCCCUCACCUCAUUACCACGAGGGGCUGCCCACCACCCGGGGAACUCGCUACAUCAUGGUGUCCUUCGUCGACCCCUGACACUCAACCACUCUGCCAAACCUCCCCCGCCAUUGUGCCUUCUUGGGGGGCCUGGGUCUGGUCCCCCAUCCUUGGAGGGGGCAGGGUCUGUCCGUCUCCUCACAUCCUGUGUGCGUGUUCCGCGAGCCCAGGAUGAAUGUGCUGCCUUAACCCACGACACAGGGCCGUCUCAGGAAGCUCGUGCCCCCUUCCUCUCCCCUCAGCCCCCAGGUGCUCGUGGGGGGAGGCCUUCUGGGGGUUCCUUGUGUGAUAAAUUAUUAAGGUUUCUCAACCUCUCUCCUCCCCCCAAUAAAAGAGGAUUUGUAAGUAA